GUUCGGACACUCUGGCCCAACUCCCGCGCCGGUACAAUCACCACCGACUAUUGUUACGAAAAUUAUUUGCGAACAAAAUUAAGUGACACAAUAUUUUUGGCCGAAAGUGUAUUUGUUUAACGAUACAUAUAUGAAAACAAAAGUAUUUAAAAAUAAAGUUUAUUAUGUUAAGGGACUAGUUCUUUGAAGUAUUAUGAAAGUGUGUUCUACUUACGAUUGUGAUAUGGAUAAACCAUAGAGACAAACUGUCAUUAUUUUAAAGUUUUCGAAGGACGAACGACGCUUCAUUCCUGAGCGGGGAAAGAAUAACCCACCACAAUGCCAGAGACUUCAAUAAUCUUCGGCACAAACGAGAAAUGGCGCAUCAACCGCAACAUCCUAGUCCUGGGCUUCGCAUUCAUGGUGCACUUCACGGCGUUCCACGGCACUGCCAACCUUCAGAGCUCCGUGAACAGCGACGCCGGAGCGGGCGCGUUCACCCUGGCAGCUAUAUACUUCUCGCUUAUACUGUCCAAUAUACUGCUGCCUGCUGUGGUUAUUAAAUGGCUGGGCUGCAAGUGGGCAGUAGCAGUGUCAUUCAUAGCGUACAUGCCAUUCAUAGCUGCGCAGUUCUACCCGAAACUGUACACCCUCGUACCAGCAGGCAUGAUGGUGGGCUUCGGAGGAGGGCCGCUCUGGUGCGCCAAGUGCACCUACCUGUCUGUGGUAGCAGAACCGUAUGCGAAGUUAUCAGGAGUAUCAGCAGAGGUGCUGGUGGUGCGGUUCUUUGGUCUUUUCUUCAUGUUUUACCAAAUGGCGCAGAUUUGGGGAAACCUUAUUUCCUCGGCCAUUCUAUCGUCAACCCUGGGCGAUGAGCCGAGACUGUCGAACGAGACGACUCCAAGCGUGGCAGUUCUGCUGAGUAACGCGACCAGUGCCCCAACUGUUGACUUCGGAGCCACUUGCGGUGUCAACUUCUGCAGUGCUGAAGCUUCACAUGGCAACUCCAACUUGGAGCCUCCAUCAGCGCUGAAGAUCCAGGUGAUAGCGGGCGUGUACCUGGCUUGCAUGGCCGGGGCUGUUCUACUCGUGUCUGUGGGAGUUGACUCACUCACUAGGUAUACAUCAGGUCGUAAAGCAGCGUGUCAAGGCAAGUCAGGAGUCCGUCUGCUGGCAGUGACGCUCAAACAGCUGCGACACAAGUACCAGCUGUUACUGUUACCAGUCAUCGGGUACAUUGGCGCUGAGCAGGCGUUUAUGGCUGCUGAUUUUACUCAGGCGUUUAUCGGCUGCGCGUACGGCAUCAGCAACAUCGGCUACGUGAUGAUCUGCUUCGGCGUGUUCAACGCGCUCGCCGCCCCGGUCGCAGGCGCUCUCGUCAAAGUUACCGGCAGAUUUCCAGUAAUGGUUACUGCUUUGGUAUUGAACCUCUGUCUCCUGUCGGCGCUGUUGUCAUGGCGACCGGACCCGGAGCAGUGGCUGGUGUUCUACGCGCUCGCCGCCAUAUGGGGCACUGCUGACGCUGUGUGGCUCGUGCAAGUCAAUGCGCUGUCAGGCAUCUUAUUCCCCGGUAAGGAGGAGGCGGCGUACUCCAACUUCAGGCUGUGGGAGGCGACCGGCAGCGUGCUGUCCUAUGCCUCCGCACCGUACUUGUGUGUUAGGACUAGGCUAUAUAUUCUCUUCGGGUUCCUGCUGGUAGGCUUCUUGGGCUACAGCAUCAUCGAGCUGAUGGAGUACAGAGCGAAGAAGGCGCAUUACCUCGAGAGGAACUUCGAGCUCGUCAACAAGAAGUCAGAGAGUGAGGCGCUCAGGAAAUCGAAUGAUAAUGAUUGCGAUUAGAUGUUUUUAAAUACUAUUAUUCUGUGGUUAUUGUAUAUAUUGAGUAGUAUACAAGUCAAAGUUUUUUAUAGGAAACUAUUGAAUGGUAUGCGAACUUGUUUCACUGUUAAUUAGACUGUUUCAGAUUUCAUGAAGUUCUCCAAGAUUUGACAAGUGAUCGAUCAAUCGAAUCAAAUAAACUUGGAUAUCAUUUAUGUAUAUGUUCUAUCGAAGUAUACUUAUGUAAAAAUAACUUUGAUUCAAACUAAUUUAGCUACUGACUAGGUAUAUUUACCUCCAUUAUUUGUGUAUCUGUUGGACAAGGCUAGGCAGGCAGAUGAUUGUGUAUUUUUUUUAACUAGAUUUUAAGUAUUUUU